AUGGGAGGUCUUAAUUUUGCUGUGUAUACAUUUCCUCCUAUUGCUUUGGCUAUUAUAGGAUCAUUCUUCUUGAAUUUGAAGCCAAGGGAGUCAAUAAGAAGCGGAAAAGGUUGGAAAUUGACUGCUGGCUUCUCAAAUCCAUUGGUAGUGAACACCUUUCUGGGUGUUUUGUCCACUCUAGAAAUACUAGCAGUCUUCCUCUUUAUCCUGUUCUUAGCUUGGAAUUUUUAUGCACGCAUCUCAAAUGAUUUCAAGAACUUGAAGCCUGCUAAAUCACUAAUGCUGAAUUCAUGGCAACUCAAGUACCUAAAGGUGGAAACUCGGUUUGGUUUGCUAGCAGAAGUCUGCCUGGCUUUUCUUCUUUUCCCUAUAUUAAGAGGUCUGGCCUUAUUUCGGUUGCUUGGCAUCCAGUUUGAAGCUUCUGUAAGACACUAUUUAUGGCUUGGGACUGCUAUGAUAUUUUUUGCCACUUUCCAUGGUGCAAGCACUUUGUUCAUUUGGGGGGUCAGCCACUUUAUCCAGGAGGAGCUAUGGGAAUGGCAGAAAACCGGGCGGAUAUACCUUGCCGGGGAGAUCUGUCUGGUCACAGGACGCGAAACAUGCAUUCUUUCAGCACGAAUCUUCCCCUCCAAAGCUAUAGAGCUUAUUCUACCAAAAGAUCCAGGGCCCAAGUAUACACCAACAAGCAUUAUAUUUGUGAAGGUACCAAGUAUAUCCAAAUAUGAGUGGCACUCAUUUAGCAUUACUUCCAGCUCUAGGGUUGAUGACAACACAAUAUCUAUAAUGAUCAAAUCCGAAGGAUCGUGGACAAGUUCUCUCUCCCAUAUGAUCCAAACUAGGCAAGAGUCGGAUGGCGAUCAGAAGAAGUACAUACCUAUUGCAGUAGAAGGCCCUUAUGGACCUGUCUCUAUGGACUUCUUAAGAUAUGAUAGUCUACUUGUUGUUUCUGGUGGAAUUGGAAUAACCCCAGUUCUGAGCAUCAUACAGGAACUUUCUUCGUCCCAAAACCGCGGCAUAAACAAAUUCCUACCAAGAAUGCAGCUUAUAUAUGUUGUGAAGAAGUCCCAAGACAUUUGUCUGUUGAACUCAAUCUCACCUCUAAUAUUUGGCCAGCCAGCAGAAAAAUGCCUUCUGAAAGUUAAAGUCUUUGUGACCCAAGAAGAGCAGUCUGAUGCAACAGUAAGAGAACUAGUAAACGAGUUUUCUCAAGUGCAAACAGUGAACUUUGGCACAAAGUUCUUGAAUUUUUCAAUUAGUGAACUCGAAAACUCACUUUGGAUGGCUGCCAUAGCUGGAAUUUCCUCUAUCCUGUUUCUCAUCUUUCUCAUUAUGUUCAACCACAUUUUUGUUCCCUCCGAGAAAAAUCUCACCAAGGAGAAGACUCCAUCUUGGGUUGCAGAUCUUCUUAUCAUAUCUUCCUUCAUUCUGGCAUUAAUUUGCAGCAUCUUUGUCGCCCUUGUUAUAAGAUGGAGAAGGCUAAAGAAACAGAUUCCUCCUACCCUCCAAAAACAAAGCAAAGCUUUAGAAAAAAGGGUCAGCACAAGCAAGUGA